GUGUAUGUUUUCUGUGUGUAUUUCUGUAAUCACACAGCCCAAAAGCAACUCUAAAGAAAACGAGGUCAUUUCUCUUCGUUACAAUAAAUAAUAGGAUAAAUAUUUAGUAUUGCAAUAAGUAGCCUGCAUACUGCGUUCUGCCUGCAGCUGUUGCGUGGAGAGAAAUGCGCGACGGACCGGGAGCAGUGCCAGCAAACACCAACUUCCUCUCAGUUCCCCACACGUUCCCGUGAUAUAAAGGCAGCGCAAGAAACAUCGAACCCGUGAGUACCAGCACACCGUUUGGUAAGAAACGUAAUACGGCGGGGGUAAAAAAAACCCCAAAAAACAUAACAAUCUCUAUUUUCCUAAACGACAACAUUGCUGCUAUACAGAGAUGAAGGCUUUUCUAGGAGUGGUCAUGGCGCUUGGACUUGUAAGAGUUCAGGGGAGAAAACCAAAUCACGGCAGCUGUGUGGAUGACUACUGCGUUACUGUCCAUACAGAUGUUGUGGAUUUUAAUUCAGCACAAAAGUCCUGUAAGGAUAACGGAGGUCAUUUAAUGACUGUACGAACAAUGGCAGCAAACAGUGUCAUAUCAGAUCUGUUAACUGGAUAUACUGGACAUUUUUGGAUUGGUUUAAGGUACAUGAGUAACUCCUGCGCAGAUUCAACCAUGGAUCUGAAAGGAUACACGUGGAUAACUGGUGAUAAAGCAACCAAUUUCACAAACUGGAAAAAGCAUGGAAUCAGCUGCUCUCAGAGAUGCGUGUCACUGUCUAAAAGCGACCCAAAAUGGACAGAAAGACAGUGUAAUUAUACAAUUGAAGGAUAUUUGUGCGAGUACGCAAACGUUAAUAAGUGCACACGACUUCCAUCCGAGUCACCAGUUCAGUAUGAAACUCCUUUCGGAUUUUCCAGCGAGGAUCUCCAAGACGUACCCAAUGCCAGCAAUGCAACACAACAAAAUCUGGGAACUAAAUACAUCUGUGCUGAUGGCAGCUGGAUUAAAGCACCUUGGAAUUGUGAAGUUUAUAAAGGAGGUUGUGAACAUGCUUGCAACAAGUGGAACAAUACAUUCAGCUGCACCUGCCUUCCAGGUUAUAAACUUGAAAGUAACGCAGUCCGAUGUAGCAAGGCUCACAGCGACCCGUGUGUGCAAGCGAACUGUUCUCAAGAAUGUGUAGUGAAGGGAGAAAAUUAUGUUUGUCAGUGUUUAAAUGGAUAUGAACUUGGCAAGGAUGGAAAGACCUGCAAGGAAAUUGACAACUGCAAUAAUAAACAAUUGUGCCCAGAAGAAAAUUCCUACUGUGUCAACACUGCUGAUGGCUUUGAGUGUCGCUGUAAGACUGGCUUUAGGAAGGAAAAGGACACAUGUGAAGAUGAUGAUGAAUGCUUUUCUGGACCUUGUGAACACACAUGCAAUAACAACGUAGGUAGUUACAAUUGUGAAUGCUUAGAAGGUUAUAGAGUGUCAUCAGAGAACAAACACGAAUGUACACUUCAUUGUUCACAGUUUGAAUGUCUGGCUGUAGACUGUGACAUUAACAAACCUCAUCAGUGUAGCUGUCCAGCUGGCUUCAUUCUAGAAGAACGGCCAAAUGGUGGGGUUUGUGUUGAUAUAGAUGAGUGUCAAGAAUCAGAUUGUGACCAAAAUUGCAUGAAUACUCCUGGGAGUUAUAACUGUUCUUGUACUGAAGGUUUUCAUAUUAUUGGUAAUACCAAAUGUGUCAAGACAAAAGAAUUAAGCACAACAACAUCUGUUGGCAUCUUUACACCUACAACCAGGAAUCCCCCAAUCAAGACAGGUUUAUGCACACCUGAAUUUCUUCUUGGAAUAAUUGUGUUUGCUGUUAUGGUAAUUCUGCUGAUGGUCUGUGUCAUUCAUCACAAUAUGAAGCGCUGUGGGAAUAUUACUACAAAUAAAAGCCGCGGGAAAGAUGUGCACGCUUUGCAGCAGGUCACUACAGAGAAGUACGUCAAAAAAGGAUCUAUCACUAAUGAUAAUUACAAUUAAAGUGAGGAAUUAAUAUGGCUGUUUGAUAUGAAUACUUAUAGAGUUAGAUUUAGCCACAGAUAAGAAUUUCAGAAAUGUACCAAGACUCGUUUUUUAAGACAAAAAACAAAAGCAAAAAUGUAUGUUAUCCUGCAGAAAGUGUUUUGUAGGCUCAUUGUUCUGUAUAUUUAUUAUAAGUAAGCUAUGCAAAUAUUCAGCUGUGACCAGUGAUGCAAACAUUUACAUUUCAAAUAUGCUUAUACAUACUUGUAUGGACAGUUAUAUAAUAUUUAUUUAUAAAUACAGAAUUUUAAGAAAACACUCAUUAAACAUGUAAUAAACAUUUGUUUUAUAUCCAU